GCGGGGCGAGUGGCGAGGGGCGGGGCCAGCUUCAUCAGCCCACGUCACUCGCUGCGUGCCACACAAACUGAGUCCGUGUCGGGUUGAGCUCUGUGCGUCUUCUCCCAACAUCGUGUGGAUCCGACGGAAAGAUUCAAGUGCUUUAAACAAUUACAGGACAAACACGCCAUGGAUACCUUGUUGGGAGAUCGUCGCUUCAACGCGCGCACCCUGUUCGACUUCAGCUGCCUGGAGCCUGACACACGCCAACAUCUCAAGAAUGUCUACGCCACCCUGGCCAUCUGCAUGCUGGUGGCGUCCGCAGGGGCCUAUGUCCACCUCUACACGGCCAUCCUGCAGGGGAACUUCUUGAUGACCCUGGUGAGCAUGGGCCUGCUCAUGUGGCUGAUGUUUACGCCUCGCAAUGGGCAGAACGACGCCAAGCGACUGGGCAUCCUGUGCGGCUUUGCCUUCACCGUUGGACUCGGACUUGGCCCUCUGCUCGACUUCGUCAUCGCAAUCAACCCGAGCAUCAUUGCCACCGCCUUCAUGGGCACCAGCCUCAUCUUCGGCUGCUUCACCCUCAGCGCCCUCUACGCCCGACGCCGCUCCUACCUCUACCUGGGCGGAACUCUGAUGUCCGGACUCUCCUUCCUGCUGAUGAUGUCUCUCUUUAACAUGUUCUACGGCUCCGCCCUCCUCUUCAAGGCCCAGAUGUACCUGGGGCUGCUGGUCAUGUGCGGCUUCGUGCUCUUCGACACGCAGCUCAUCGUGGAGAAGUGCCGCGCCGGCGACAAGGACUUCAUCUGGCACAGCGUGGACCUCUUCCUGGACUUCAUCCACAUCUUCCGCAAGCUCAUGAUCAUCCUCACCAUGAACGAGAAGGACAAGAGAAAAGAGAAGAAGUGAAGAGAGGGACGCAGGCGAAGUAACAACGGAACUUCACACAGAAUCUUAUUUUUGUGUAUUAAUCAUCAACUUCGUUGUGUGUGCGUGUGCGUGUACCUUUCUGUGUAUUUUUGGUAAUUAUUUCCGACUUAAAAGUUGACCUGUGAAAAAUGCAUCUUUACCCCCAUCCCCCCCCCAUCUAAACAAAUUGACUCACCGAGUUGAAGACGGGAGAAAAACGUGGUUUGCGUAUUCGAUUCGACGAUUGGAUAGGAAGUGUCACACGCAGAGCUGGAGACGCUUUUAAACCGGACGUCGAACGCGCCGUUAACGUCACCGCCUCAAGCGGGUGGGGGGUAACUCGACGCAUCGUCAAAGAUGCACAGGUAAUCGAUACGUCUUAAACGGUGUACGGGAUGACAAUUUUCUCUUUAAUAUUUAUGCAUGGUGCACUUGUGUUAACACUUAGGCCAAUGCAUACGAUGUCGUUAAGGGUUAGGUCGAGGGGGGGGGGGGCGGCCGGGGGGGGUGGGGUGACUUUGUUCGCUUAGGCACUCACUGCUACACACACGCGCGGCGGCUUGCUUUGCAUAGACAGGGUUUGACGAGACAUUUCCUAACCGGCAGCGGGCAAACAAAAUAAUCAUAAUUGGCGCAGCGUUCGUGACUGCAGGGAUUCAUCCUGUUGGUUCUUUAGGUAAAGUCACGUAGAAGGGAAAUAAUAAAAUAAUAGAAAUAAGGCAUAAUAAAAUAAUUCUCACGACGUUUCGGCCACAACGCAAGCAGCCGUCCUCAGGUGAAGAACAGGUCUGUCGAGCAAACAUUCAGACUGUCUUCUCGACAGACCUGUUCUCCACCUGUGGACGGCUGCUUGCGUUGUGGCCGAAACGUCGUGAGAAUUAUUUUAUUGUUUUAUUUUUAUUAUUUCCCUUCUACGUUACUUUACCGAAAGAACCAAGGAGAAGAUGGUGCAGCGUUGUUGACGAUACAAUUUCGUGAGGUCCUCGGGUUUGGAAAAUCCACUUAAGAGGCACGCCUUUGCUAUCGCUGUUGACGAGAGGGCGCCGAACGCGUUGUUGGGAGUUGCAGGAAGAACACACGCUCUGGGGAUCGAGUGGUAAAUGCACACCUGGCCACUUUAUUUUAUUAACGAUAAUUUGCUAUGAAGGGGUUUCUUAAUAACAACUCGCAUAUCGAGCACUGAGGAGUACACCGGGAAAAAAAAACUUAGCAUCCAAUUAACCACUUAACCAGGUUAGAAGGUUUAAUAAUUAACGUUUGAACUAAAUGACUUUGAACUGUUAAUAAACCAUUUAGAUGUGCCAAAAUUAAACAAUGUGAUGUC